AACUCUAGAACUUGAACUACUGAAGGGUGUCCGGUUACACCACUCAAAACUCAGACCAAAAAAAAAAAAAUGAGCUCGAAGAAGCCUUUCCUGGUAGCCCUUCUGAUACAUGCUCUUUCUGCUGGUAUGAUCUUGCUGUCCAAGGCCGCCUUCAACGGCGGAAUGAACACCUUCGUCUUCGUCUUCUACCGUCAAGUCACCGGAGCUCUGUUGCUGGCCCCUUUGGCCAUAAUUCUUGAACGGAAAAGUCCUAAACCACUUUCGUUGGCAAUCUUCAGCAAGAUUUUCCUGCUGGCUCUAUUGGGGAUUACUUUCGCCUUGAACAUUUACGGUGUUGCUCUGGUUUACACAUCUGCAAGUUUGGGUUCUGCAACAAUUAAUUGCAUUCCCGUUAUAACUUUUGCCUUUGCAGUUUUACUUAGGAUGGAGAAGGUGAACGUGAGGAUGAUGCCAGGAAUUGUGAAGUUGGUUGGUAUAGCACUGUGCAUGGCUGGUGGGGUGAUUCUGGCCUUUUACGAAGGUCCUGGGUUGAAGCCUCCUUUCCAAGGCUACUCCCAUGUUCAUGACAGCAGCAACAAAGAUCACAAUGCCUCUUCUCACAAAAAUUGGGUUUUGGGUUGUUUCCUCUUGUUUGUUUCCACAGUUUGUUGGGCCUUGUGGCUUGUUCUCCAGGCUAAAGUUUUGAAAAAUUACCCUUCAAAGCUGUCCUUUACGACACUUCAAUGCCUGUCGAGCGCAGUUCAGUCAUUUUUUGUGGCUAUUCUUAUGGAGAGAGAUCCUAGCCAGUGGAAGCUGGGAUUCAAUGUUAGGCUACUCGCUAUAGUUUAUUGUGGAGUUAUUGUGAAUGGUGUGGCAUACUACUUACAAGCAUGGGUGCUUGCAGAGAAAGGGCCAGUUUUUCUGGCUGCGAUGACACCAGCAAACCUAGUGAUGACGAUCCUGGGUUCGGUUUUUUUCCUAGCGGAGGUUGUUAAUCUAGGAAGCAUUAUAGGUGCCAUAUUGUUGGUGAUAAGUCUGUACUGUGUUUUGUGGGGGAAGAGCAAAGAACAGAGCAUGGAUGAUUUGCCAGUUGGAGCAAAGAGUGAGAGUACAGUAGAUGUGAAAGUGGCAGCAGAGAGCAAUGGUACUGACCCACCCGCACCAUGACCAUAUCGGGCAUUAACUUCUCUUCCUUUAUAUACAAAAAUAAUGCAUACUUUAUGUGUCAAGAUCAACUUACACAAGAUACGAACAUGUUUUUCCCCUACUGGGCAUUUCUGAAAAUGCUUGUGGACAAGUUGCUGCAUUAUUCUUAAGAGCAAAAGGGUAUAUACUUGGUUCAACCAUUAGAGCAUGUUUCUAAUAUGUAUCCAGUAUUCCAGUUCUAUGUUCAGAAGAGAAAAUUAGGGAUGACAAUGGGAUGGGGACUUUGUAGUUUGUACCCAAUCUCUAUGGUAUCCCAUUCAUGGGGCAAGUAAUCUUAUUAUACAUGUACCUACCAAUUUUAUUGUUAAAAAUUAAAAUAGUUUAAAAAUCAAUACGACAAAAUACU